GUCCGGUCGGCCUCUCUCUCUCACACACACACUUUUUUCUCCGGACGCGCUCGUUCGUUCGCGAAGGCGCCCCUUCCUGCCCUCACAUCCGCUCCUCCCUCCCCGACACCGACCGACCCCUCGUCCGCUCGCCUCCCUCCCCGAUCCCCACCGCCAUGGCCGCCGCCGCCGCCGCCGCGUCCUCCUCUUCCUCCUCCGAGGUUCCGAUCGCCGCCCGCACCUGCGUCUCCGUCGGCGAGGUGGCGGUGGGCGCGGUGGCUACAGGCAGCGGCGACCGGGUGGCGGCGGAUUGCGGGGUGUGCGCCAUCUGCCUCGACAGGAUAGCGCUCCAGGAGACGGCCCUCGUCAAGGGUUGCGACCACGCCUACUGUGUGACCUGUAUUUUGAGGUGGGCAUCCUACAAGGAGAACCCUCUCUGCCCACAGUGCAAGCAUCCAUUCGAAUUCCUCAGCGUGCACCGCUCUCUCGACGGCUGCCUACAUGACUACCUGUUUGAGGAGAGUGUUUGCCUCCUUCUGAGGGCAGCUUGGUUUGAACCUCUGAUCGUAGAGGCUCACGAGGAGGCUCUGGAAGAAGAAGAGUUUCUCCACCAGCAGUACCAAUACGAUGAUGACGAAGAUGAUCUUGACGAGGAAUCUUAUUACAUGAACAGGUCCCCAAGCAUCCGUAUUGGUAACAGGAGAUGGGGUGACAAUGGGUACAUCAGGGGAGGCAGGAAAGAGGCGAGGCCAGUGAAUACUGAUGUGGCUGCUGGUCCAUCCAGGACUCCGAAGAAGAAAGAGAAAGCCGCAUCCUCUUCGGCGUCGGUGUCAGUGUCUGGUUCGGGGUCAGGAUCGGGGUCUGUAUCCAAGGAUGUCGCUGGAAGGCGGGCGAAGAGGGCGCAGAAGCGAGAAGCUGCAGACAAGGCAGCUGCAGAGAAGCACCUGAAGCACCUGCAGAGGUUGGGGCUGAGAAAAUCGCCAGAGCCUGUAGUGCCCGAGGAGGUUGGGCCACAGGUGAAUGAGUGACUUAAGCCGCCGCCUAGUGCUAUAUGGUGCUGCUAAAAACACUGCAGCCCUUUGGGCCACAAAAUAAUCUUCCACUGUGAAGAGCUUGAGCGUGGCCUUGUAUCAUGGCAGCUUUUCGCCUCGUUGUACAUAGUCUAGUUUCUCAUCACUGUUUUAGAUUCAGCACAGAAAUGCAGCUGCUGUCUGCACGACUGUUGCAGCUAUGAAGCUGUAUGUACCUCACUGUUGGUGCACUAUUUUAGUUAUUGCUAAUCACAGGGGAUGCAAUCGGCAUCUGUGUUGAUUACUAUGGGGACAAAUGAGGCGUGGAACCAAUUCUACAACGCAAACUUGUAACCAUAUGGAAUCACUCGCCGUUGACAUGAUACUAAUCCUGUUAACUAGU